AUGCGCUUAUUUUCAGUCGCUGUGGUGGCUGCAUUUGCCCUUGUUUCAUGUCUUAACGCUGUUGCUGCUGAAAAUGGGAAAGUGGUUCCUGCUUCGAAUGAAUAUGAUGAUCGUCAAUCGCUAAGGGGCGUUAAAGAGGAGCGCUCGGAGUUGGAGAAAAAUGAAGACAUGAAUGGGGAUGAUCGCACUGUUUCGUUUCAACUUCGAUUCAGUCAAUUAUACAAUCAUGGCGUGACACCCGAGCUCUUGACUAAGAUAUUCCAUGGUCAACAAAGGUUUAUUUUGGGAUACGCCGCGUACAUGACUAACAUGCACAGGUUGAAAGAAAAGCGUGAUAAAGAAACGUGA